AUGUGUCAGUUGCAGAAGAAAUUUGCGCUCUGCUUUGCUUUGCCUCCCGAGUCCCGUGAAGCGAAAGAUGAGGGCAGGGCCGAGGGAGGAGUGAGUAGUCGGAACAUGAACCGUCAUACCAAAGUGGGUACACUUCCAGAAGGACCUCCUAGACUUCUUUCACCCACCACCACCGACCAUCAGGGGCACUACACACAUCUUUUGGAAUACAUGAAUGCUACUCAGCCUGAUCCCUGUGCCUACAAAUUGGUUGUGCCAACUCAGUGCAGCGGCCAUAUUUAUUUCUCCUUGAAUAGAGCGUACCUUGUAGUGUGCGAGUACAAGUGA